UUCGCCGAAUUCCGUCACCGCUCCCUACUCGCCUCUCUGAGCCCCUCCCUCCACUCCAACGAUGAAUUAUUAAACUAUUUUCUUUAAAAAAUUAAUAUUUCCAAUCUCAGGCUCUCAGCUCCCGUUGUCUCUUCUCAGAGCUCCCACAGCUCCUUUAUAAAUAACCGAAGAAAGCAGGGAAAGGGAACUUAUUGUUCUAGAAAAUAAAAAAAAAAUAAAAGAGGGAUAGACAUCUCGAGAGGAUGCCGGAGAGCGAUGGCGGCGCGAGCCAAAGCUCAAACCCCACUCCCGGUCCAAGCCCUAACCCAAGUUCUAGCCCUAGAAAUGGCGAGAGCGCGCCCCAGCUCAAGAAGUCCCGGACCAUCUCCGCCGGUGCCGGCGCCGUCUUCCCCGGGCCCCUCCACCCCGCCGUCCGCCGCUCCUCCACCGCCCCCCUCCCGCCCCCCCGACGCCUCACCGUCGCCAUCGACGACCCCUCCGACGCCCCACCCAAUGCCGGAGCCUUCGAUCGGGAAUGGUGCUUCCCGUCCUUCCUCGGGCCCUACCCCUCACGCCCGCGGACCGCCUCUCGGACGCCAGCCGGGGCCCGGCCGUCGUCCGCGACGAGGCGGACGGAGUUUCCUCCGCGCUUGCCGGACCAAAAGUGCCCGGCGUGGGCUGCGAAGUCUCCAGAUCGGCCUCUAGCACGUGUCUCGGAGGUGGAGAAGAGGAAGGAGGCAGUGAAGCGGCCGCUGGUGCUGGAAGAAAGGAGGCAGCUCUCACUCCCUUCUUCUACUUCAGCUGCUUCGGAUAGAGGAGCAGCUCUCCGGUUUGACAAUUCUUUGAUUCUUUUGCUUCUACUUGUAGUUUCUGUAUCAUGUGCUUUGUUUGCACUUUCUCAGCGAAAGAGAGUUUUAGAGCUUGAGCAAGAGAUUAACAACGUCCCUCAGUUGUGUAGAGGAAAUGGUGUCGACAGUGAUGAUGGUGGUAAAAUUUUGCAGCCUGAGGAUAGGAAUUCCGUUUCUCAUUUUGGUAACAUUGACGGUAGAACUGUUGUUUUGUAUACUGUGGUGAUCUCACUAGCGACACCUUUUUUUCUUUUUAAAUGCCUCGAUCACCUGCCUCGAUUGAAGACGCCAUCAAAAAGUCUGAAGAAUAACGAGGAAGAAGCUCCUUUAAAGAAGCGGAUUGCAUAUAGAGUGGAUGUAUUCUUCUCUAUGUAUCCCUAUGCUAAGCUUCUUGCUCUUCUUUUUGCUACUGUGCUUCUUAUUGGAUUUGGCGGGUUGGCAUUAUAUGCUGUUAGUGAUGCUAGCCUUUCUGAAGCUCUUUGGCUUUCGUGGACCUUUGUGGCGGACUCUGGGAACCAUGCUGACCAGAAUGGGCUGGGGCCAAGGAUUGUUUCAGUGUCUAUCAGUUCUGGGGGCAUGUUGAUAUUUGCUAUGAUGCUUGGGCUUGUAUCAGAUGCAAUAUCAGAAAAGGUGGAUUCUUGGCGUAAGGGGAAGAGCGAAGUGAUUGAGAGUAAUCACAUCCUAAUCCUUGGAUGGAGUGACAAACUG